AUGUCUAAAGAAGCUAAAAUGAAAAGAUUACUUUCAAUAUCCGCAAAUCAGAAAGCUGAUGUUAUUUUUAUUACUGGUGAUAUUGGUGACUCUACUGACAGAGAUUGUAUAAACGAAGCGGUUAAAGCUGUAGUUAUUAAUUCCAAAGAACUUUCCAAUAAACUAGCAACUUCAAUAAUGAGCAUAGAAGAAGAUCUGGAAAGAAUAACGAGUUAUAGAACUGUAUGUGGAAUACGAAAUGAGACGUUAGUUAUUAAUUUGUCCGGCACACAUGACAAUAUUUGCAUUGCAACAAUUGCAGAUACACUGAUAAAUACGUUGAAUUUAAUACGCAAGAAAGAUGAUCAAGAGUAUGAGUCGCUACUUGUCAAUGUAUCUUCUACCGAUUCUUCCGACAAUUGCAAAAUGGAAUGGACACCUACACUUUCUUUAGAAGAAGCAAUAGAGGAAUUGAAAGAAAUAGCCGUAUUAAAUACAAUUGAAAAUACUGAAUUGAUAAAAAUAAGUGAUGCUUACGGUAGAAUAUUAUAUGAAAAUGUUUAUUCGAAAUAUAACAUGCCACCAUUUAGAACUUCCAAAAAGCAUGGAUACGCAGUGUUGGUAUCUGAUGGACAAAGCAUGAGACAGGUGUUGAACGAUAACAAUACAUUUCCUCCAAUUUCGCUUCAAUGUGGAACGUGCGUAUGGGUGAAGAGUGGAGCGCCUGUUCCCAAUGAAGCAACAGCGGUUGUAGAAGAGAAAGAUACAAAACGAAUUAAACCUCGUUUAAAUAACGACAAAGUGUAUAUUGAAAUAAUGAGUAAACCACAACAUGGGCAAAACAUUAAUCCUAUUGGUUAUAAUGUAAAGAAAGAUGAAAUUAUUAUGAAAAAAUACUCACGUAUUGGACCAGAAGAGAUGGGAGUCCUGGCAGCUUCUGGCUGUAAAGAAGUUGUAGUCGCUCAGCAGUUGUCUAUAGGUGUAUUAUCCAUCGGCAAUAACUUAGAAGAACCCGGAAAACCUUUAAAACUAGGAUAUGUUUACGAUAUUAACAGAUUAAUUUUAAUUUCACUACUAAAAAAUAAUGAUUUCUCUUCUUUGGAUCUUGGAAUCGUGAAUAAUAUAUCAUCAUUCAUACGAAAGAAUAUCGAGGAAGCUCUACAUAAAGUAGAUAUACUUGUGACAACAGGCUUUGCUAAUGAUAAAGAUUUAUUGAAGAAAAUUUUAGUAGAAGACUUUGAAGCCGCAAUACAUUUUGGUAAUGUAAAUAUAAAACCAGGGAAGUCAACCACACUAGCUACAUGCAAAAUCAAUGGUAAAAUAAAGAUUGUUUUGUGUUUGUCGGGAAAUCCAGUAACUGCUUUCAUUGCUGCGCAAGUAUUCCUUUUGCCUCUUCUGAGAAAGAUGUCUGGCAAUAUAUACACGGAAAAGCCUUACGUACCAGUUUAUGUAAAUGAUCCAUUUAUUCAGCAUCAUCGUCCUAGAUUAGUGUGUACAUAUUUGAAGUGGUCCGAUAAAGAUAAUGUAGCAAGGACUUUUAGCAUGGGUAAUCUUUUAAAGAUGUCUGGCAAUAUAUUCAAAGAUAGACUAUGUAACAUCGUAGGUUCAAACGCACUUAUACUAUUACCAGCAAGUACGACAAAAUGGGAACCGUCUAAAAAUGGAAGAAUGGCAGUAUUACUUUUUGACUGUCCAGAAAAGUACAAACAUCCAUUACCUAAUCUUUUCAAUAUAAAAAAGGAAUAA